CGUUUGUGGGUGUGUGUGCUGAUUUUUGUUUGUUGCGUGCAUAAGUCCCUUGCGAGAGGCCAAUUUGUUGCGGCGAGAUUCGGAUCAGAGACAUCAAGCAUCGGGAUCACGGGUUCAACAGCAGAACGUGAUUGAUCAGCAAAAGCGGUCGUACCCAUCACAAACAACCCUUCCACAGACAUCGACGAUGUCUAUUGAUACGGGGCAUCCGGCCGGGGGUGACUGGCAAGAGGAGGCUUACCAAAAGAUCAAAUCCAUGAGGGAAGCAUAUUUACCUGAAUUGAAUGACAUGUACCAGAAAAUCUUUAUGAAGGUACAGCAGCACGAGUCUCUUUCACAACAGCCAAAGUCAGAGCAGCUUGAAAAAUUGAAAGCUUUUAAAGGGAUGUUGGAGCGCUUAAUUACUGUUUUGCAAGUUACCAAAGCUGAUAUAGGGCCUACUUUCAAGGAGAAGCUGGUUCAUUAUGAGAGACAGAUAAUAAACUUUAUAAACACAAGCAGGCCCAGGAAAGUAGCUAUGCAGCAAGGGCAACUUCCCCCUCCUCAUAUGCAAAUGCAGCAGCAGCAGCAAUUGCAACCUCAAAUUACUCAAGUGCAGUCACAUGAAAAUCAAAUGAACCUUCAGUUGAUCGAUGAAUUUACAAGGCUGUGUAGCAUCAAUGCAGCUGAAUCCGGAGCAUUUGACUUGCCUUAAGAAGGAGAAACAUCCCAAAUUAGAGUUGAUCUUCAAGAAAUAGCCCAAAGGCCUUCCAACUUCCAACUCUGGAAUGCGGCUUGCGAUCUGCUGUUAUUAGUAGUUAUCAUCUACUGUAUUAAAGUAUAUCUUCUUUCGUA